AUGCAGGACGGGAGCUGGAAUGACACACUCCCCCUCUCUCUGCUGCUGAAGGAGGCAUAUCCCACGGGGGGUGUAUCUCUAGAGGGGGAUCGGGGCAUAUUUUCAGAGGCGUCCUCUCAGGGUGAUGUUUACCUGGACUCUCUGGCUCAGCCAGAGGGUGGAGAUGGAGACUUUCUGGAACUUUCUGCUUUCCUCAGCCAAGAUGAAAUCAACCGCAGUCUGGAUCUGGCCCGGGAGGCCAUGAGCGAUGCGGGUGACCCCACCGACUUUAGAGAUCCCCCAAUUCCUGACCCCAUUUCUACCCCCUUCCCCAGUACACAGGAGCAGGGUCUCCACUUUCUCCCUUCCCCCCUAAACUCUGCCCCCCAACCCCUCAAUGCCAAAGAACAUCACCCCUUCUACCCAGAGACCAAAGGCCAAGCACUUCAGGACCCGCUGCUAACGCACAUGUCCCAGGCUAGCGAUGCCACAUCCAGUACGGUCACAUCCGGUCAAAGCAUGCAGUUCAACAGACCCACGCAGGCCUCCUCAGGUCCUGGAUCCCCAGCCUUGACUGAGAAGUUUUUCUGCCACAAGUCUAUCACUCCAGUGUACAAACAGGACAGGCCCCGGCUAGUGCAUGGAGGUCUGGAGCUCAAUGAACGUGCCGCCUCUGCCACGGAGUUCUGCAGCCGAGCUGCCACCUUCAUCGAGGAGCUCUCCUCCAUCUUCAAGGGCUCCACCCGUCUGGAUCAUCACGGCGACGAAGACUCAUCCUCUCCCGACAGCGGUUACCUUUCUCCUAAGAGUCAUCGCUUGGCGACUCAACAGGGCCAACCCUUUUCCUCAGGGCCUCAGCAGGGUGGGACGCACAGGGUCCAGAACCCCAUGGGGAGCGAGUCUGGGGCGGCUACCGAGGAGCGACAGGAAGGAGUGGUCAACGUGGAUGGACCCAUGGCUCCUCCACGUUUUACCCAAAAGCUGAAGAGUCAGGAGGUGGCUGAGGGAAGCCCCAUCCGUCUGGAGUGCAGAGUGGUUGGAAACCCCCAGCCUUUGGUCCGAUGGUUCUGUGAGGGGCGGGAGCUGCACCACUGUCCUGACAUUCAGAUCUGUCAUGAUGGUGACCUGCACACGUUGGUGAUUACCGAGGCCUUUGAGGACGACACUGGGAGGUAUACCUGCGUGGCAUCCAACGCCUUGGGAGCCGACAACACCUCUGCAGAGGUUUACAUCGAAGGAGCCUCAUCCUCGGACUCAGACGGAGAGGGAUCUGUAGCCAAGUCCAAGCCAGGAGCCAUGCCUCAAGCCCAGAAGAAAACCACCUCUGUCUCCUUGACUAUUCGGUCUUCUUCACCAAAAAGCCCAGAGGUCCAACCUCACCGCUCCACUCUGGUCCAACCUCUGUCUACCCAGAGGGUUCAGAGCCCUGUCUCCUCUCUGUAUACUGGUAAUGGACUUCUCUCAACACCCCCCACCUUCACCAAGCUGCUGCAGGACGUCCAGGCCACAGAGGGGCAGGUGGUGGUUCUAGAGUCUCGUGUUCGGGGGAGUUCUCCUCUCAGGGUCCAGUGGUUUAGACAGGGACAGGAGAUUCAAGAUUCUCCAGACUUCCGCAUUCUCCAGAAAAAACCCAGGUCUACUGCAGAGCCUGAGGAGAUCUGUACGUUGGUGAUAGCGGAGGUGUUUCCGGAGGAUGGAGGUCUCUUCUGCUGCACAGCAACCAACCAGUACGGCUCCGUCAGCAGCAGUGCUCAGCUUACUGUCACUCCAGUGGCUGAGGAGUCACCUAGCAAUGGUAUGCCGGCGGAGAACAGUGGGUUCGAGGAAAGUCAGGCUUUCCCUCCCCCUCCCCCGCCCACCGAGAUCAGCCUCUUGGAAGUCCCACCCAAAACCCCGCCCAGUGCUGAAGGGUUCCAAAUCAACGAGCUUGACAUCUGGCCCAGCGUGACGGCGACGCCUGUCCAGAUCACCACGGAGACCGAACCCAGUAACCGACCCAACGGAACCUUCCAGAAUGCUCAGACCACAAGCGGCCCGGCCAAAGACACCCUCCCAGUGAUUAAGAAGGAGGUUCUGCCCUCCACGAAAGAAGAAUCGCUUCCUCCAUCACCCUCUCCAGCUAAGGAGGGUCCACCUCUCCCCAUCAAACCCAAACCCAAACUAUUGGAUGAAGUAACAGAAGACUCAGUGAACAAAAGAAACGCAGAACAGCUGAAACAGCUGCAAGACCAGAUCCUGUUGGAACAACAAGAAGCAGCCAACCUUCAACAGCAACAGGAAAUCCCGCCUCUACCUGAACAGCAAUCGCAGGAAGUCCCUCCUCCGUCUCCUCCUCUCCCCCCUCCUCCCUCCUUCCAGGAGCUUGAGCGCAGCACCAUGCAGACAAGCACCUUCAACUACGCCCGUCCGAAACAGUUCAUUGCCGCCCAGAGCCCCGGGGGCGGAGGGCCAAUGGGGGGCUACACCACCCAGUCCUCCAACUCCUCCACGUCCAGCGUGUCCUCACCCCUCUCUCCCUCCACCCCCCACAAACCCUUUACCCGCGUCAGCUUGCCGCCCUUCCAGCCGCCCACGCUGGCGAAAGGAGGGAGCCUGGAGUCCCCCAGUUCUCCCUCUUUCCCUCCUCCUCCACCGCCGUUCCUCAGCUCCAGCGCCGUCUCUUCUCCGGGCCAGGAGUUCCCCCCUCCCCCUCCUCCACCUCCCCCGCCCAUCACCACCAGCCCCACCCAGUCGGACACCUCUUCCCCGUUCACGUCCACUCCUCAGUCGCCCGCCGGAUUCCUGGUGUCCAUCCUGCCGGCCACACCCCCUCCUCCGCCGGUCAACGCCCUGGGCCUGCCCAAAGGCAACGGCACAGUUCCAUUUCAGCGCAAGUCUCCCAGAACAGCACGCAUUGUUUCUGACUCUGAGAUCCAAGGGUCCAAAGACGCUGUCAUUCAGGAUCUGGAGAGGAAACUGCGAUUCAAAGAGGAGCGUAUGAGCAAUGGACAGCAGAGGUUAACCUAUGAGGAGAAGAUGGCUCGUAGGCUGCUGGGAGCAGACAAUGCGGCCACAGUGUUUAACACAAACGAGACAGAGGAGGAGCCAGUCACUACUCAGGGAAGCAGCCCAACUGAUACAGAGUUUGUCCCUCAAAAGGAGUAUAAGGUAUCGAGCUUUGAACAGCGUCUGAUCAGUGAGAUCGAGUUUCGCCUCGAGCGCUCGCCCGUGGAGGAGUCCGACGACGAUGUAGAGCACGAUGAGGAUGCGCCUGGUGAGAAAGUGGCCCCGUUUUUCGACCAGAAACUCAAACACUUCAAAGUGUUUGAAGGAAUGCCCGUCACAUUCUCCUGCAAGGUCAUCGGAGACCCAAAGCCAAAGAUUUACUGGUUUAAGGAUGGGAAGCAGAUCUCUAAGAGAAGUGAACACUACCGUAUCAGCCGUGAUCCUGACGGGACCUGCUCUUUGCACACCGCCGCAGCCUCACUGGACGACGAUGGAAACUACACUGUCAUGGCUGGCAACCCAGCGGGGAGGGUGAGCUGCACUGGCAGGAUGAUGGUCCAAGCAGUAAAUCAAAGGGGGCGGAGCCAGCGCUCUACACCUGGACACAUCCGCAGGCCCAGGUCCAGAUCCAGAGACAGCGGGGAUGAGAAUGAAAAUAUUCAGGAACGUCACUUCCGCCCUCAUUUCCUGCAGGCUCCCGGCGACCUCAUCGUCCAGGAGGGCAAACUGUGCCGGAUGGACUGCAAGGUGAGUGGUCUACCCACUCCUGACCUCAUCUGGCAGCUGAAUGGCCAGACCAUCCGUCCAGACUCCGCCCACAAGAUGCUGGUGAGGGAGAACGGAGUUCACUCAUUGGUCAUCGAGCCUGUCACCAGCAGGGACGCAGGAAUCUACACAUGCAUUGCCAGCAACAGAGCCGGACAGAAUUCCUUCAACCUUGAGCUUAUUGUUGCAGCCAAAGAGAUGCACAAAGCUCCCACUUUCAUUGAGAAGCUGCAGAACACGGGCGUUGCCGAGGGUUACCCCGUGCGUCUGGAGUGUCGCGUGUCCGGUGUGCCAUUCCCACAGAUUUUUUGGAAAAAAGAAAACGAGUCGUUCACUCACAACACAGACAGGAUAAGCAUGCACCAGGAUAAUUUUGGCUACCUGUGUAUGAUCAUUCAGCCGGCAUCGAAAGAGGAUGCAGGCUGGUACACCGUGUCAGCCAAAAACGAGGCGGGCAUCGUGUCUAGCACAGCACGACUCGACGUACACACCCAAAUGCAGCAGACACACACCCCGAAGCCUAAAAAGGUGCGUCCCUCAACCAGUCGCUACGCCGCUCUGACAGAGAAGGGUCUGGACGUGAAGGCGGCGUUCUUCCCCGACUCCAGCCCCCUGCCACCGGGCGGACUGGUGGAAAGCGAUGACCUAUAAAGACCAGUUUGGGCUUACCUGACCUAUGAACCCUGACCUUCUAUCCCUAGCACCACCGCUCGCUACCCAUCCCCCUUAGAAGACCCAAAAAACGAUCCAUCUGCUUUCAGCUAUGCUUGAAGAGGGGAAAGC